AUUUUCAGAGCUUUUAUUGCACAUGGCCAAAGAAAGAAGCACCAUCUUUAAGCAAUUCUGAAUCUCGACUAUUUCAUUCUUCUUUGAAACUUCAAAGCAGUAGAAAGUUCAUUGGUUAGAGCAGACUAGCCAGCCAUACAAAUGGAAAAUCUCUCUGGGUUUUGAGCCAGAGGAGCUGUAUGUUCUGUAACCAGUUUUCUUUUUUCUAAAAUGGGUUCGCUGGAAAUGGAGAGUGAAUCAGACUUUAACAACAAAGAGGCAAAAUCUGAGAUGGGUAUGGAUGAAGAUAAGAGGAAGAGCAGUUUGGGUAUCAAGAAGAAAAGAAGGUUCAAGAACUUGUCUUUUCUCUUCCCGUGUAUGAGAUUGGAAGACGAGGUGCCGACGGAAGAGCGACCGAACGGCGGUGGAGGCUUCGAUGUGGAGGCCGCCGGAAUAGAUCACCGACCGACUCACCUAGUUGUUAUGGUCAAUGGCAUUAUAGGCAGUGCUGCUAAUUGGAAAUUUCCAGCAAAGCAAUUUGUGAAGACCUAUCCAAGAGAUGUCAUUGUUCACUGCAGUAAAUCAAAUUCUGUAACAUUGACAUUUGAUGGAAUUGAUGUAACUGGGACGAGGUUGGCUGAUGAGGUUAUAUCGGUAAAACAACGUUACCCGGACCUUAAAAGAAUUUCUUUUAUUGGUCACUCACUUGGUGGUCUGAUAUCAAGAUAUGCCAUUGCCAAGCUAUACAGUCAAGGUUGUGCAGAAAAGCCCAAUGGAGAUAGUGCAAUAAUAAAUGGAUCUAAUAGUGAUUCUUGCUCUCAAGAUUUACCGAAAGGUAACAUUGCUGGACUAGAACCUAUGAAUUUCAUAACCAUUGCAACACCUCAUCUUGGCUCAAGGGGACACAAACAGGUCCCUGCCUUCUGUGGGCUUUACCCUAUGGAGAAAUUUGCAUCGCGUGCUUCAUGGAUGCUUGGAAGAACAGGAAGACAUCUUUUUUUAAAAGCCAAUGAUAAGGGAAAACCUCCUCUUCUGGUUCAGAUGGCUAGUGACUCUGAAGAUCUUCCUUUCAUAUCGGCUUUGGAAGCAUUCAAGCGUCGUGUGGCUUAUGCAAAUAUCCAUUUUGACCAUGUAGUUGGAUGGAGUACAUCAUCAAUACGGUCAAGAAGUGAACUUCCUCCAAAGGGUAAGAAUCUCAAAAGAGUUGAAAAGUAUCCACACAUUGUAAAUCUAGAACCAGCAAAUAUGACUAGUACCUCUCAAAGAAACGGAUCUGUGGGGACAAGUAAAGCAAACAAGUAUACUUAUUUGGAAGAGACCAUGCUCAAGGGCUUAACAAAAAUGAGCUGGGAUCGUGUGGAUGUUAGCUUUCGGGGAAGUAAACAAAGAUUCUUUGCACACAACACCAUUCAGGUACAACUGUAUUGUAUAAAUUCUGAUGGAGCUGAUGUUAUACAACACAUUAUUGAUAAUUUUGUAUUAUAAUAGUUAUUUGAUGCUAGAAGAUUAUUUAUACAAUCACACAUUAUUUGAGGCCAUGCCAAGAAGGUAGGAUUUUCACCUUGGCCUGAAUGUAUUGACAACUAAUGUUAAAAAUGAGGAGAAUCUAAUUGUACUAGAUGGAUAGAUAUAGAUCAGAGAAUAUAUAGUUCAUGUACUAUGUGCUAUAAGGAUUGUAAGUUGUAAAAUACGUACUUGGUAUACUGUGAAGUAUAAAGGGAACCUCCUCUGCCCUCUUUAUAGUAAUCUUCUACGGAGUAUUUUGAAG